GAUUUGCAAAAUAUGAUUUCCUCGUAGACUUUUUGGCCGUGACAAAUCAAGCGAACUAACAAGACUCCUCGGGAAUUUAUGACUGAGGUAGGCAUUGCAUUAGCUAAAGUUUAAUAUACUAGAACUCCUCGGUUCCUUUACCUUAGAACGGCGCGCAUUUCGUUAUUUACCUCGCGGAAACUUUUGUCAAAACAUGUCUCUGUUUAAUAAGGCCGUGUUGUAUAUGAUCUUUCAGUUCGCAGGGGACUUUUUCCCAUCCCAUCAUGUAGGAUUUCGAAUUCCUCUCAGCCCCUUUCACUGAUUUAAUCUGAUUUAUGAUGCAUACAUGGUUAUCAUUCCACUCUGUAUACAGUUGAACCUGAACUUAAACUUGUUUUGCAAAAUACAAUUUUCUCGCAGACUUUUUCGUCGUGACAAAUCAAGCGAACUAUCAAGACUAAUUGGGAAUUUAUAACUGAGGUAGGCAUUACUAGAACUGCACGGUUCCUAGUUACCUUAGAACGGCAUUUGGUCAUUUAUCUCGCGGAAACGUUUGUCAAAGUAUGUCUCUGUUUAAUAAGGCCGUGUUGUCUAUGAUCUUUCAGUUCGCAGGGGACUUUUUCAUCGAUAGAAACCAUCAUGUAGGAUUUCAUCUUAGCCCUUUCACUGAUAUAUUAUGCAUACAUGGUUAUCCGGUCAGUAUAAAAUAUGGCUGCGGACUGCGGACCACGGACUGCGGACUGGGUAUAAAACACGGACUAGGUAUAAAAUGAGGACUACGGACUGAGUAUAAAACACGGGCUAGGUAUAAAAAACGCGGACUACGGACUGUGUAUAUAAAACAGCUUUAGAAAGGUAAAACUGAGGGAAACGGAAAGCGGGCUUGCAUAAAACAGUAGUUCCAGCUCCUUGCCUCACUCAAAAACAUUCCGUAAGCCGGUCACGCAGUCUAUAUUCUCUUCAUGUGGAGAAGGAAAGCAUACUGCACGGACAAGGACGGUUAUGUCGCUAUUCAAGACAACUGAAAUUAAACUCUGAAUUUUAUUAAAUGAAGAAGUUAGAAGAGAACCAAUCGGAGAAGCACCGAAUAAAAAGAAUAGUAUUGGUGUUAGCCGAGUCAAUGCCUCUAUUCCGUUUCAAAUAAAGCCUUGGGAAGAUGAGGAAAUGAAGAACUCAGACGAGAAGGUCAAUAUAGGGGCAUUCCGCGAGGUAAAAAAGCAGUAUUUAGGGGGGAGGGAUUACUCACCUAUACGUGAAUAAUAAGCGAAAUGAAUCAUCCAACCCAACGUUAUAUUCUACGCGAUGACUAUGAUGACAUGAUUUACACCCUGCUCCUGAAACCCGGAAGGGAGUACUCCUAGGAAUUUUUUGGUGGGGUUAUGCCCCCUGGUUCUCUAAAUCCUUACCCUGUUUCAGAAUAAAAAAUGUCAUUUUUCCACAACCGUUUUCAGACCUGAUCUCUAAAAUGCAUACCCAUUUCCAGACCCGGCCUAAUUUAGCCUGUUCCAGGCUCUCAGAUAAAGAGGAGACUACCCAGUUUGCUCCCGUUUUAUUUUCGCGCUUUCUCAAUUCAGCGGACCCAACUAUCUCGAAGCCUGGAACAGGCUAGGCCUGAUGAGGCAGAAAUUAUGUCAUCAUUAUAUAUUAUAGAUUAAAGCGCAACAGUAGAUCAUCCUCUCUUGAGCGCAAACAACAAAUUCUUCAAAUGCAUUUCAAAUUCGCAUAUUUCUAUUUCGUUCUUAUUCAUUUAGAAAUUGAAAACGAUAAAUACAUUCGUACAUGUACGCUCCCGUAGUUUCCUCGAAAACCAUACAAUAUUUCAUACCAAAAUACUCAAAGUGUUUUCAGACCACCAAAACGGCCCAUAAACCGGCCUACCCUUUAGGGCGGCAAAUACCUAUAUGGCUUACAUAAGAGAGUAACCCCGGGUCCUGACCCCUUUCAUGAUUGUUAGAGACCGAGACCAUGUCUAAAAUGGGUGUAGAAAACAGCAUUUUUGUCAGGCUCUUGAUUCAGAGAACCUCCACCAAGAAUUUCUAUUUUAUACUCAGUCCGCAGUCUGCAGUCCGCGUUUUAUACCUAGUCCGUGUUUUAUACCCAGUCCAUAUUUUCCAGUCCGCGUUUUAUACCUAGUCCGUAUUUUAUACCCAGUCCGCAGUCCGUGGUCCGCAGUCCGCAGUCCGUGUUUAUACUGACCGCAUGGUUAUCAUCCCACUCUGUAUACAGUUGAGCCUCCAUUAAGAGGCCACCUAUUAAGUGGCCAUCCUCCAUUAAGCGGCCAGUAAUCAAAGUUCCGAAAUACUUGUAGAAAAGAAUGGGAAAUUAAACCUCUGUUGAGCUGCUACCUUUAUUUAUGCUGAUUUCAUUGCUACCCGGAUUGACGGUCAUGAGAUUCGACACUAAUCACGUGACGUAUGGCUUCGCUGCACGUAAAAGGUUGCAAAAAUAGUAGCAGGCGAGAGUUCUGUCGUGGGAUCCGAAACAGUGAGAGAAACAUCUGGCUGACAAGGAAAGCUUAUCAUCAAAAGACAUAACUGUAUAUUAAUUAGAUCUAAUUUGACCCCUCAUUAUCCGAAAUUACAGACGAUUGCUUCGAGCCGUUUUUACUCCCUCAGGCUAAUCCCUCAUAUGCUUUAUUGUUUUCAAAUUUUCAUUAGAUGGCUGCAUUUCGAGAGCUAUUUCUGGAAGUACUUACGUCACUUUUGGUCAUUUAUCUCGCGGAAACUUUUGUCAAAGUAUGUCUCUUUUUGAUAAGCCGGGUUGUCUAUGAUCUUUCAGUUCGCAGGGGACUUUUUCAGCGAUAGUACCCAUCAUAUAGGAUUUCAUCUCAGCACUUUCACUUAUUUAUGUAUCGGUCAAAUCGAAGCUUCAACAUCCCCCCGGGCAUUUGACUUUUUGAAAAUUAUUGUUCAAAUUCCCCGCUACCCGGGCCAAAAUGCCGUUUAAAUGCCCCACACUAGGGUCCAUUCAGGUGAUCAAAUGCCCCCACCCCGGGGACAUUUCACAGGCACAUAAAUGACAGAAGGACGGCAGAAACGUCUUUCAGUGGUCUUCGGUUGUGGAACAAAAUCUUUAUAAAAUUGAGGGUGCAGUUCAAAUUCCCUACCUCUAACGCAUGGAGAUCAAAUUCCCCAAGCCCUGGAAGACUCUGAUAAUCAAAUUGCCUCCUCCCCGGGACGGCAAAAGUGUCAAAUACCCGGGGUAUGCCCGAGGGAGGGGGGAUGUUGAAGCUUCGAUUUGACCGAUACAUUAUCAUGCAUACAUGUCCGUACUCAUAGUAGUCUGCUACACAGCCAUUUUUAGUGUCUGCGUUGCGUGACGACAUAAAAAAAGGCUGUGCAGAAGAGUCAUAUUUAUCAUUUGUGUUAAAUUAUAAGGGCAAGCUGUAUACAGAAAUCUUUCUAAACCGGCUCAUCCUCGGACGGGUGUAUUUGAAAAGAACUUGCAAUCUUCCUAAGUGACAUGACACAAAGAAAUUCAAAGACGUCAACGUAACAGAGCUAUACUAGCUAAGGAAAAUAGGAAGUAAAAAAAGCAAAACUCCCCAGGUUUUUACACGUACCGAGCUGUUCUCCAUGCGAGUUCCUUUGCACACACGAGGAAAGUUGAUGUUAGCGAAUUUCAAGUAAAACAUUAGUGCAGUCUGAGACUCCGACAUCGAAAACAACAAAUAAAACGCUUCUGGCGGGAACAAUGUACAUUAGGUUUCUUAUCUACCUAAAAGCUAUCUAUGGACAAAUUCAUUUUUUAACUCCUGCCACGAGAUUACUAUUGUUCUCGAUUUUUCCUGACCAUCGCUCUUAAGGUGAAACUGAGCAGUGCAAGGAGUCAGGGAGGCCUUUCCUAUUUUAUAUGAACCAUAAUUAUAACUUUCUGAAAUUCUACAGGCUUAAAAUAACUGGUGGUAUAGAAAUAUGUAUUCUUUUCUUUUGCUGUACAUUUGUAUUCCGCUAGCAAGAGACUUAAAACCUUAGAAAUAAGUUCACUUUCCGAAAUUUGACUUUUCUGAAUAUUUACACUGGCCCGAUUUGUAGUUUGUUGCCAAAAGCGUUAGUAUUUUCCACGGAGGGUAGAUCAAUGUACAACGACUAGAAAGAUAAUAUACACCAUGUUUAAACAAUGGUAAAUCUGGUUUCUUUUUCAUUUCGAUCACUGAUCACCAAAAAGAAUGUCUUUUUCCUUUUUAAGGAGAAGACCCCAGCUUAUCAAGUCACAUUACACAACGAUAAAAAACAAGUAGAAUGAUCACUAUUUGUGGCAAACCAAAUGCGACUGUGAUAGACAAAAACGAAUAAUAAAAGAGCUAAUAAAUAAGCUUUUACUCCAUGUUUUAAUUUUACUUUUCAUUUUCAUUAUCGUACGUUAUCUUCCGUAUAGAGAAACGGUAUCAACGGAAAAAGAACCGCAACAUAUCUACACUUUUUUUUCAGAAGAGCUGAAAUACCAAAGCAAGCAAAAAGUGACAAUUAAAACUAUCUUCGGGAAAAGCAGUUCGAAGAUUUUAUCUGUAAUUUGUUAGUGGAAUGGCUGCGAAAGGAAAAACAGAGGCCACCUGUAAUCUUGCCGAUGAAGUUGGGGAGAGGACAGAGGAAGAAAAAGGGAAUAGUACUAUUGGCGACGCAUAUGUUAACUUUAAAGAUUUCCAGAAAGCCAUAGAGUACCAUGAACGGGACCUCAAAAUUUCCGAAGAAGUGGGAGACAGGGUAGGAGAAGGAAAAGCGUACUGUAAUCUUGGCAACGCCUAUGAUAGUCUUGGAGAUUUCCAGAAAGCCAUAGAGUACCAUGAACGAGACCUCAAAAUUUCCAAAGAACUGGGAGACAGGGCAGGAGAAGGAAAAGCGUACUGUAAUCUUGGCAACGCCUAUGACAGUCUUGGAGAUUUCCAGAAAGCCAUAGAGUACCAUGAACGGGACCUCAAAAUUUCCAAAGAAGUGGGAGACAGGGCAGGAGAAGGAAAAGCGUACUGUAAUCUUGGCAACGCCUAUGAUAGUCUUGGAGAUUUCCAGAAAGCCAUAGAGUACCAUGAACGAGACCUCAAAAUUUCCAAAGAACUGGGAGACAGGGCAGGAGAAGGAAAAGCGUACUGUAAUCUUGGCAUUGCUUUUAAAAAUCUUGGAGAUUUUCAGAAAGCCAUAGAGUACUAUGAACGACACCUCAAAAUUUCCAAAGACGUGGGAAACAGGGCAGGAGAAGGAAAGGCGUACUGUAAUCUUGGCAACGCCUAUGACAGUCUUGGAGAUUUUCAGAAAGCCAUAGAGUACCAUGAACGAGACCUCAAAAUUUCCAAAGAACUGGGAGACAGGGCAGGAGAAGGAAAAGCGUACUGUAAUCUUGGCAACGCCUAUGACAGUCUUGGAGAUUUCCAGAAAGCCAUAGAGUACCAUGAACGAGACCUCAAAAUUUCCAAAGAAGUGGGAGACAGGGUAGGAGAAGGAAAAGCGUACUGUAAUCUUGGCAUUGCUUUUAAAAAUCUUGGAGAUUUUCAGAAAGCCAUAAAGUACUAUGAACGACACCUCAAAAUUUCCAAAGAAGUCGGAAACAGGGCAGGAAAAGGAAAGGCGUACUGUAAUCUUGGCAACGCUUAUGACAGUCUUGGAGAUUUUCAGAAAGCCAUAGAGUACCAUGAACGAGACCUCAAAAUUUCCAAAGAAGUGGGAGACAGGGCAGGAGAAGGAAAAGCGUACUGUAAUCUUGGCAACGCCUAUGACAGUCUUGGAGAUUUCCAGAAAGCCAUAGAGUACCAUGAACGGGACCUCAAAAUUUCCAAAGAAGUGGGAGACAGGGCAGGAGAAGGAAAAGCGUACUGUAAUCUUGGCAUUGCUUUUAAAAAUCUUGGAGAUUUUCAGAAAGCCAUAGAGUACUAUGAACGACACCUCAAAAUUUCCAAAGACGUGGGAAACAGGGCAGGAGAAGGAAAGGCGUACUGUAAUCUUGGCAACGCCUAUGACAGUCUUGGAGAUUUUCAGAAAGCCAUAGAGUACCAUGAACGAGACCUCAAAAUUUCCAAAGAAGUGGGAGACAGGGCAGGAGAAGGAAAAGCGUACUGUAAUCUUGGCAACGCCUAUGACAGUCUUGGAGAUUUCCAGAAAGCCAUAGAGUACCAUGAACGGGACCUCAAAAUUUCCAAAGAAGUGGGAGACAGGGCAGGAGAAGGAAAAGCGUACUGUAAUCUUGGCAUUGCUUUUAAAAAUCUUGGAGAUUUUCAGAAAGCCAUAGAGUACUAUGAACGACACCUCAAAAUUUCCAAAGAUGUGGGAAACAGGGCAGGAGAAGGAAAAGCGUACUGUAAUCUUGGCAACGCCUAUGACAGUCUUGGAGAUUUUCAGAAAGCCAUAGAGUACCAUGAACGAGACCUCAAAAUUUCCAAAGAACUGGGAGACAGGGCAGGAGAAGAAAAAGCGUACUGUAAUCUUGGCAACGCCUAUGACAGUCUUGGAGAUUUCCAGAAAGCCAUAGAGUACCAUGAACGGGACCUCAAAAUUUCCAAAGAAGUGGGAGACAGGGCAGGAGAAGGAAAAGCGUACUGUAAUCUUGGCAUUGCUUUUAAAAAUCUUGGAGAUUUUCAGAAAGCCAUAGAGUACUAUGAACGACACCUCAAAAUUUCCAAAGACGUCGGAAACAGGGCAGGGGAAGGAAAGGCGUACUGUAAUCUUGGCAACGCCUAUCACAGUCUUCGAGAUUUCCAGACAGCCAUUUACUGUUAUAAAAACAGUGUCAUUGCCUUUGACUAUAUCAGGGGAAAUCUUUUAUCUAAUGACGAAUGGAAGAUUAGUCUUGUGAGUACGUAUGAUGAUAUUAAUUUGAGGCUCUGGGGGCUACAAUUUAAGCAAGGUAAAGUCGUCGAGGCACUUUUAACUGCUGAUCAUGGACGUGCCCAAGCUUUAAAUGAUCUUCUGGAGUUCAAGUAUGGGUUUAAAGGGUUGUCUCGAGAAAUAGGAACAUCCUCUGCAACAACACCUGACAUUCUUAAUUACCUACCAUCAAAUACAGCUUUUAUAGGUAUCAAAGAAGAUGGAAUAGUUCUCUGGGUAAACGAGAAAGGAAAAGAAAUCAAAACCAGAAGAGCUCAGAUCGAUGUCUCCGUCGUAACUUAUUUUCAGUCUCUAUUAGAGACUACACAUGAAGAAAUAGGUGUGCGAGCUGAUGUUAACUGUGAAGAUCGCUCAUUAAGGAACCCAAUCGAUGAAAAGUUUGCAGAAGAAAGAUCCAGUAAGCCAAGGUGUCAUUCCUCAUCUUUAAAGACAAAGUCAUUACAAACAUUUUACAAAGUUGUUAUGGACCCUAUAAGAGACUUACUCGAUAGCGAUGAGGUUGUGAUUGUUCCACAAGGACCUUUGUGUUUGGCCCCUUAUGCUGCUUUCAUGGACUUGAAAUCAAAGUACCUCUGCGAAACUUUGAAAAUUCGCCUACUUCCCUCACUUUCUAGUCUGCGAUUAAUCCAAAAUUGUCAGGCAGAUUGGCACAGCAAGACUGGUGCUCUUCUCGUCGGCGAUCCGUGGGUACAGGAGGUAGUUUAUGAAGGAAUGACUCUAGAGCAGUUAAAGUGGGCCGAAAAGGAAGUGCAGAUGAUUGGGAAAAUACUUCAAACUGAACCUCUCGUUGGAAAGCAGGCAACAAAAGAUGAAAUCUUAACACGUAUCUCCUCGGUUGCUUUGGUGCACAUUGCUGCUCACGGUAAAAUGGAAACAGGAGAAAUUGCCUUGGCCCCAAACACAACGCGUUUAUCCGUGAAUCCUGCCGGGGUGGACUAUCUCUUAACUAUGAAAGAUGUUUUAAAGACGCAGAUACGGGCAAGACUUGUUGUACUUAGUUGUUGUCAUAGCGCCAGGGGAGAAGUUAAAGCUGAGGGUGUGGUCGGUAUUGCACGGGCAUUUCUGGGAGCUGGUGCUCGCUCUGUUCUAGUGUCCCUGUGGGCGAUCGACGACGAAGCUACUAUGGAGUUCAUGAAAGUUUUCUACCAACAACUAGUUUAUGGACGAAGUGCCAGUGAGGCUCUGAAUAAAGGCAUGAAGUCCAUGAGAGAAUCUGACCGCUUUAACGCAGUGAAGUACUGGGCGCCGUUUGUUCUCAUUGGUGACGACGUAACGCUCGAGUUUGAGGGCAUCCAAUAAAUAGCAAGGUAUUUUGCGAUAUAUUUAAACCUUGGUUCAUAUUACGUGCUUUAGGAAACGUAAUUUUUACAAGGAAUUAUUUUUUGCCAUUUUAUUGAGCAACGAACUCAACCGGUUCCACGUAGCGUCAAUCUACCAAUCACAGGUCAAGUUCACAACAACAUAGGAGUCUGACUUUGGUAGUUCUUUUGGCAGUUAAACAGUAGAAAGUUGAUUUCAAGUCUCAUGAUGUUUUCACAUUUGAAAGUGUCGGUGGCUCCGUUUGAGUUCGUUCCACUGUAACUUACAGUCGAACCUGACGUAAGCGACGACCUAAAAUGCAAAGAUCAAUUUCCGGUCGCUUAUUUUACGGAAGGUGGUCGCUUAGGAAAGUCUCCAGAUAUGGUAAAUCCUCUAUUAAGCCUCCCUUGACUUUAUUCAUUUCAAGAACCUUUGAGAGGGAGGAGGGGCUUAUUUAAUGAAGUGAAGAUUGUGAUAUCAUUUCUCCAUAAAGAACUAGAACCUGAAGUGAAAAAUCUCAGGGACAUGAAGUUGGAGGUCACGAUCAGCCGUGAAUCAAAAUCAAAUCGAAACCUCCAGCUCGUGAAUAAACCGUACCUGAAAAUCAUUCCACAUGAAGUGUUACAGUCGUCAUAAAUUAAUACAUCUAUCAUACGUCUAUUAUAUAAGAAUAGGGAGAACAGACUUGAAAGAGGGGACGAGAGGUUAAAUAAUUUUUCUCUUAAAAGGGGAGCCUAUUAGAGAGGAAGGCUUAAUAAAGAAUUUAUGGUAUGCAAGUUUAUUUAAAUCUACAAUAAGUCUAAUCGUUGGUUGAAGUUACGAGUUUAAAUGUGACCCUUUGUUCUGAUAGAUUUAGGGCGUGUUCGAUUCACCGUAUUCUCCGUCUUUAUUAAAAAUAAAUUAAUGGAAUAAACUCGCCAGAAAUCACUUGUUCUGUCUUUCAUUCUACAAAACUGCUUGAAAUAAAGUAUUUUGAUCUAUAUAAACUUUAAAUGGUUCAAAAAUUACGGUAUAGAAGAGGUUUGUAACAAAACUUUUGCGUAUUCUUAUUCCGGAGUACGAUCAAUGGAGCGCACUCUUAGAAGUCAGUUGUCAAAAUGUUAUGCCUCGCCAGAUGAAACCACAAUCCCGCUUUUCUUUUGUUAGCUUGUUAACGUUACUUUUUGCUGUUGUUGUUGUUGUUGUAUAGGUAUCAUGAUGACGAAUGCAGUGAAGCAGUUUCUAACUAUCUGAAGUUGAAGUCAGUUUGAAUUCUUAUUUUGUCACAAUUACGAGGUGGAGCGUUUAUCGCAGGAAUAGGAACACUUUAUCAAGAAGAGAAAACUAUACGCUAUCCAGAAAUAAACUGAAGCUUUGCGUAGUCUGAAAAUUAUGGUGUAUGUUUCGUAGCUUAUUUUGCGACCAGUCGCGUGAACUUGAAACUUGUUUUAUAGCCACCUGAAACUGAAAUAUCAGGAUAUCAGUAGUCAAUUUCGGCAUUUUCAUUGAUACCACAUGGGACAGAGGCACUUGGACUAGCAAUUUAAUAUAGUUCUUUACCGUUAUAUUAUUUGUACAGUUGUAGUUUUUAAUUCUUUUGGCGGAUUGGUUUAAGUUAUAAUUAAUUUAUUAGUCUCGAUAGAGUGGUCUCCAUCCUAAUACUGAAGUCAAAUUCCCUGUUCAGUUCCUAGGUUAAAUCACUAAUAAAUGUAGUUUUACAUUUACUCGUCUUUUUGAUAGACGAAGGAUUUCUAUUUCAAAAGCCCAGGCUUCGCGUUCCCGACGUUGUUUUUACCAUCAAGUUUCCUGAUUUCUCUUGUCGACACCUUUUACAUACAAGAGGUUAAGCAGGAAAGAAAAAAGAAAGACCACCUAAGGAAAUUAAACUCCGUAAUUGUUUGGCGCCUGGUCAAAACAAGUUAAAGAGUCCGUC